AUAAAGAAACAACGAAUCUGGCUUGCGACAGAGGAGAAGUCCCUAAACCCAACAUCUGGUUGUACUAAAACCGAAGGGACUCGUUACAAGAUUUGUAUAUUCGGAAGAGGUAAAGAAAGGUAACAACUAUUAUUUUCCUUUUCCUUCACCUCUCAUAUUAUAGGAAAAUUCUCUUUCCUUUUUGCUGUACAACAAGCCAAAUUUAAUUCUGAGGCAAAUGUGUAUGUAUGGUAUAUAUAUAGACACAUAUAUAUGAAUAACAUUUUCCGGACGGAGUCUGUGUAAUUGGAUAGACCUAUGGGCCGAAACCUCUUCAUGAAUGUAAAAGCUUUUUAUCAUGUUCCCACCAAGUGAAGAUACUGACCAAUAAUUAAGCAAAACAAACAAAAAAUUAAACAAAGAAAUGAUGAGCACUGCAAAUUUCAAAAGACCCAAAUCAAAAGGGAAGAUAGCUAUCAUGAGCAGAAAAUAUACUGCCAACUUCUAACGUGCGCCUCCUCGGUGCUCUUUUUCCCAUACACCCUUAAAGGCCUUAACCUUCGCCUAAUAAUCCUCCAUUCGACCCGAAAUCAAUGGCGGAGCCUCCCCGACCCGAACCGUUCCCCGAUACCCGUCUCGAUUCCGACGCCGGAGCCGCCUUCGUCCUCGAGUCCAAAGGGGAGUGGUGGCACGCGGGAUUCCAUCUGACGACGGCGAUCGUGGGACCGACGAUAUUGACAUUGCCGUACGCGUUCAAGGGAUUGGGAUGGUGGUUAGGGUUCGUCUGCCUGACGACGAUGGGGAUCGUCACUUUCUACGCUUAUUACCUCAUGUCGAAGGUUCUCGAUCACUGCGAGAAGUCCGGCCGCCGUCACAUCCGAUUCCGGGAACUCGCCGCCGAUGUUUUGGGAUCUGGAUGGAUGUUUUAUGUAGUAAUCUUCAUUCAAACAGCUAUCAACACCGGGAUUGGGAUUGGGGCGAUUUUGCUCGCAGGACAAUGCCUUGAGAUAAUGUAUUCGAAUCUAUUUCCAAAAGGAGCGUUGAAGCUGUAUGAGUUCAUAGCAAUGGUGACGGUAGUGAUGAUGCUCCUCUCACAGUUCCCCACUUUUCACUCCCUCAGACACAUCAACUUCGUCUCUCUCCUUCUCAGCUUAGGCUACUCCUUCCUCGUCGUCGGCUCUUGUAUCCACGUCGGUUUGUCUAAAAAUGCUCCCAAGAGGGACUAUUCCCUUGAACCUUCUGAUUCGGCCAGGGUUUUCAGCGCAUUCACCUCCAUUUCGAUUAUAGCUGCCAUUUUCGGUAACGGAAUUCUACCCGAGAUCCAGGCAACUCUGGCUCCACCAGCAACAGGGAAGAUGGUGAAAGGCCUCUUCUUGUGUUACACUGUCAUAUUCUUCACCUUCUACUCGGCUGCCGUUUCUGGGUAUUGGGUGUUCGGAAGCAGUUCGAGUUCUAACAUUCUCAACAACCUUAUGCCCGACACCGGGCCCACCCUCGUCCCCACUAUGGUUGUCGGUCUCGCUGUCAUCUUCGUCCUCCUCCAGCUCUUCGCCAUCGGCCUCGUGUACUCUCAAGUGGCGUACGAGAUCAUGGAGAAGAAAUCGGCGGACACGACAAAAGGGAUAUUCUCGAGAAGAAACCUAGUACCUCGUCUGAUCCUCAGAACAAUCUACAUGGCGUUCUGCGGUUUCAUGGCGGCCAUGCUUCCGUUUUUCGGCGAUAUAAACGCGGUAGUGGGAGCGUUUGGAUUCAUACCUCUCGAUUUCAUACUGCCGAUGCUUCUAUACAACAUGACGUAUAAGCCCUCGAAAGGAUCCGUCACGUAUUGGGUCAAUAUGACGAUCAUGGUCGUGUUCACUGGCGCUGGCCUCAUGGGUGCCUUCUCUUCUGUUAGGAAACUUGUUCUUGAUGCCAACAAGUUCAAGCUCUUUAGCAGUGAAAUUGUCGAUUAGAACUUUGCUUUUCUGGGUUUAUGACACGUGUUCGUUCGGUAUUGGUUGUGUUUGUGUUUUUUCAAAAAUCUCUCUGUCUACGCGGUCGGAUAACGUGUGAUUUUGGACCGAAGCAAACUUGCUUCGGCUCUUUCUGGGCCUCGACGAGUUUAGAUGAAAUAUGGAUGUGAUGAUACAUGUAAAUGUGAAUGACGUAUACAUAAUUUUCCUACU